AUGGAUCCUGCAUAUACAGCGGAGUACGUUUCUCUUGCACAUGUCGCACCGAAGCAAGAAACCCACCAUUUAGAUCAAAUGCCAACCGAUUUAAUCUCACCAGCACCGAACCAGUGUUCGGAGGAAUCACGUCAACGCGAGCGUAAUUUCUCGGCGCCGCCGGUACCACUGUCAAUGGACGUAGUCGCGAGCUGCGAGGACUGGGCUUGCAGUGAACGUCCCCGAGAAGCUUCAGACCGCGCAUCAAGACAUGUAAAUUUGACCCUGAGACUUCCAACAGUCGACACCAACGCUGCUGCAGCACUGCCAAAGGGAAUCGUCAUCGAACCGAUGAAGAAGAGCGACCCGAGCGAUGGCGCAAGAGUCAGGCAAGCUCCAAGUUUCGGUGGAAGUGAAGACGCAAGGGUUUCGCAAGCGAUGGGGGUGUCGUGCUAUAUGAAAACAUUAAUGUCGACGUACAUUCGGGGCGGCUAA